AAGUUGAAGGUAAAUGUCAGCUGACAUCAACAAAAAAUAAUUAAAAGUCAAGUUAAUAGAAUAAUCUGUUAGAUAACAUCGAUAAUUGCAAAUUUUGCAUCAUUAACUGAAGGAUACCUUGAAAAAAAUGAAUAAAAAUACAAAGCAAUAUGGUUUGACAAUGCCGAAGAAGGCUGUCCUGUCAGCUCCAAAAGCUGGCAACAUAUUCGGCGAUGAUAAUGACUCCGAUGCAGAUGAUGGAGCAGAUUGGGUGAAAAAAGCCCUGAAGGCUGAGGGAGAGAAGCACAGAAUAAAAAAACAGACUCGUCUCAACAUGGAAAAAGCUCUGAACGAGGAUCCAACAAUUUACCAGUAUGACGAGGUAUACGAUGAGAUAGAGAAGGUCAAGGAGCAGAGUAAGCCAGUUAAGAAAGAGCUGAAGCAACCCAAGUACAUCCACAACCUACUGAAAGCAGCUGAGAGGAGGAAAAUAGAGCAGGAGCACAGGAUGGAGAGGAUGGUGCAGAAAGAGCGAGAGGCUGAAGGUGAGAAAUUCGCUGAUAAGGAGAGCUUUGUCACAUCUGCGUACAGAGAGAAGCUAGAACAAUUCAAAAAAAUUGAGGAGGAGGAAGAGCGGAUGGACAGGCUGGAGGCGAUUGCCGAUGUUACAAAGCAGCCUGAUAUGUCAGGCUUCCAUCGACAUCUAUUCGCCCAGACUUUUGAUCCAAAAUCAAAUGAAUCACAUGAGGAAGGGAAUUCGAAGAAACCGAAAGAAGCUAGUCCAUUACAAUCUCCAAAUAUCGAUAGAGACGAUGAUUUAUCGAUUGAUUCGUCUUCCGAAGGAUCAGGCAGUGAUGAUCGAGAGGAUGGUAAACACAGGAGAGGGGAAAAAUCUAAUGUGAACUUUAAGGGAAAAAACAAGAGGCAGUACAGGAAGAGAGUCAUGGAAGAGUCUGAGUCAGAGUCUGAGGAAGAUCAUGGUGAGAAAUCUGAGGACGAAGGGGCUAGGCAAAUCGUUACUGAUAUUUCUGAGAAAAUUGAAAAAAAUGAAGAGUGUCAGUCACCCAUCAAGAAACCUCGAUUGUCAACUAAAGAAGAAAAAGAAGAAAAGAAUGGAUCGGUCACGAGUGUUGAAGUUAAUGAAACGUUCAAGGCACCGGAGUUGAAAUCUGGGAGAUCAGACAAAGAGAAAAAUUCGAAGGAUGAAGCUGAGAAGGAAAAGCCAGAGGAGAAACCUUCCAUCUGGGAGAAACGCACGGUAGGCCCCGUCUUUGAAGCAGCUCUCCAAAGAUACCUUGCCCGGAAAGCUCUGAGAUUAUCUGGCGCAUAAAAACAUGAUUCGUAAUGAAUGAGUGAAAUAGACACGUUUCAUUUAUUAGUGACAUUUUUAACUAGGGAAUAAUAUAAUAGAAAUUAUGGCUAGUUUAUAUGAUUGAAUUGUUUUAAUCCGAAAAAGUUGUACGAUAUUAAUUUGUAAUAAUGAUAAUACCAUCAGGCUGACUUUUACCGAUUAUCACCGGCUCAAUCCAUCGUUGAGAUAAGAAACAGCUAAACGUAUCCACACUCUCCUUUAAAUUAUGUCAAUAUGUACCUCUAGUGCCUCGAAAGACUUGAAAAGAUGUGUUUCCACUUUGUAAAAAAAACUGUCUAUCAUUCUUUUCAUGGAAAGCCAAUGGAUAAGAAUGAAGAUAACGUCUAUGUAAAUUUAUCUAAGAUCAAUAUUUCAUGAAUAAUUCAAUAUGUUGCCCCGUGA